CGCACGCUCGCUCGCCUCCUGCAUUCCGUUUCCACCCACCCCGUCCCCUCUCUCUGGCUCGUCUCUCCUCCCUGCAGCUCGGUCCCGUCUUCCUCGCGGAAGAAAAAGGCCUAUCUGAGUUGGAUCAUCCUCUGCGGUCGACUUCUCUUCAGCAAUGGGUUACUGUAGUCACUGUGACGAUGAAUGCCCAAUUGUGCAGGAUGAGGACACCAAUUCGCUAUGCUGUGUGACUUGCGGGAAGGUUCUUUCGGAGGAUUGGCUUACUGCAGGGACUGGUUUUAUCAAGGAUAGCUCGGGACAGAGCCGCAGAGAUGGAAGUCUUAUGGAGAGCAUUGAGGGUGGCAUUUCGAUAUCUCGCGCCAGAACUGAAGCGAAAGGAGAAUAUGAGAUUUCGCAGAUUGUCGAUGGCCUGCAUGUGAGUGGUAGAGAAGAUAUCAUUCGCACUGCUCUUAACUUUUAUAAACUAGCUCUUGACAGUAACUUUACUAAGGGCCGUCAAACAGCUCAUAUUGCAGCUGCUUGUCUUUACAUUGCUUGCCGGCGAAGUGAAAAACCUUAUCUUCUUAUCGAUUUCUCGGACUAUUUGAAAAUAAGUGUUUAUGUCCUAGGUGCUGUUUUCCUGCAGCUUUGUCAAACACUGCUACUCGGAGAACACCCAAUUGUUCAAAAGCUUGUAGAUCCUAGCCUUUUCAUCCACCGUUUUACCGAACGUUUACUGGGAAAAAGGCACAAUGCUGUCUCAGACACGGCUCUACGCAUCGUAGCUAGCAUGAAGCGAGACUGGAUGCAGACUGGGAGGAAGCCAAGUGGUAUAUGUGGUGCAGCAUUGUAUAUCGCUGCACUUUCUCAUGGAUACGAUUACACGAAGGCAGAUAUUGCUGCUGUUGUGCAUGUCUGUGAGGCAACGCUAUUUAAGCGCUUGAUAGAGUUUGAAAAUACAGAUUCUGGUAGCUUAACGAUUGAAGAUUUUUUGGCAAAGGCUGAUGAAGAGCCAGUUUCAAAAUGUUCAGCCAAGUCUGGAGAAGUCCUUUGCAAGCACAAGGAUAAGAGUGCCGAGCAUUUUUCUCAUGGACUUUGUGAGGAAUGCUAUGACAAUUUCACUGAGCUGUCAGGUGGACUGGAAGGUGGUGCUGACCCUCCAUCUUUCCAACGAUCUGAAAAACAAAGACGGGAUGCUGCUAAAAGAGCUAAGGAAGCUGACGUGGUUGAGGAAACACUAUCUGAGUUACAUAGUUCUGAUGUUGAAGAUAACAUCAUGGGCCCUGGGAAGAAUCGUGGAGGCAAAUAUUCGACAACUACUUCCAGCCAAAUUGCAAAUGAUUUUGUUGCUUCCAAAGAUCCUGAAGUGGAAGGUGAAAAUGAUCAAGGUGAUUCUGAUCCAGAAAAUCUUUCUGAUAUUGAUGAUGUGGAGGUUGACGGGUAUCUUAACAAUGAGGAGGAAACACAGAACAAAAAGAUUAUCUGGGAGGAAAUGAACAAAGAAUACCUAGAGGAACUAGCUGCAAAAGAAGCUUUAGCUGCUGAACUGGCAGCCCAUGGCGUGUCUGUUGGAGGGGAGAAACAGAAGAAACGAAGACGUAGUGAAGACAAGAACUCCGCACCUGCCGAAACACCAGCAGAAGCAACAUGCAACAUGUUGAAGCGGAAGGGUCUUGGCUCAAAAAUCAAUGUUGAAGCUGUUAGUGCAUUGUACAAUACUGACGACGAAGAUGGCAAAGCAAAUGUCAAAGAUGACAUGCACUUUGAUGAGGGUUAUGGACAAGAUAUUGAUGAUGGUGAAACAUUUGAUGCUGGUUAUGACAAUGGUCACUGGGCUGAUUUCAACGACGAUGGCUACGUUGAUGAUGGUGGUGGCGGUGGUGGGGCCUAUAAUGAUUAUGAUGAUGCUGAUUACUAGUAGUCACUUUCUUUUUUGGCAAAGUGACAAGCUGACCAAGACUAUUCAGAAUAUCAAGAUUAACAGAAAAAUCGCAUUCCAUUUUCAAUGCAUGGCAACUAGACUAGUCCUCGAGUCUAUGCAAAAUAUUAGGAAUUAAGAAGUAACAU